AUGGCGGCGCCCAGUGAACCCGAUAGUGCUACUGAAGAAGACGACGACAACAACGUCACUAGCAAGAGAAAAACGCAUUAUCUGUAUCUUAUUAUGAGCUAUAGAAACACACUAUGUUUCGCUGUAUCAUUUAUAGUUACAAUGGUAACUAUGAACCCAUACAAUGCACUAAGGUUUCCAGCGGCCGACUCAUCGCAAAGUGGCAGGCCAGCGCACAGCUUCUUUCCCACGACCUCUCCAGUGCGCGAUAUCUACACUGGAGACAUGAGACAGCUCGCCGAGGAGGCUAAGACUGCAGAUGUUGCGUUUGUCAUGUACUAUGCACCCUGGGAUGCUGACUGCCUGCAGGCCAGGUCAGAGUUCAUGAGAACUGCUCAGCUCCUUCACAAUGAAGUUCACUUCCUUGCCGUCAACUGCUGGGAAACCAGUGGAAUUUGCAGGAAAGCAAACACAAUAACAUCGUACCCAGUGUUGAUGCUCUACCCGACCUGGGAUAAAAACAGUGGAAUAGAGUACCUGGGCCCAGUAAUAGCCACAUACAUGGUUAAAUUCCUUGAAGUUGUGGUUCGACCCAUCAUUCCCUUGCAUACACUUAAAGAUGUCAGUACAUUUGUGGAACAAUAUGAUUCUGUAGUGCUUGCUCGAUUUGACUUCACUACCUCACCCAUACCUCUUGGAUAUGGAAGCUACUACUUAGCUUCCAUAAGGGCUGUGGCAAAGAGUGUCUUCCAACCAGUCAGGUUUGGACUGGUGAUGUCAGAGCUGUGGAAUACAAUUGGGAUCGAUCCAUUCCACAACAUCUGCCUUACACGUGCCCUUAAUCAGACUCUUAUUUGGCCUAGGACACAUACUUACACCUCAGAAAAACUAGCCAACUGGGUACUAUAUUAUUCUAUGCAGCAUGUCCACUGGGUGGCGCCAUCGGGUGUGAAAAGCCAACAACUGUCAGCUGUUAUGGGUGACAUGCCAACUCUAUUACUCUUCACAGCCUUCAAUCCGCUGUCAGACUUCAAUAACGAAUACAGCAUGCUCCGAGAAGUCGUGCUGCAGUACGGGGCCUGCGCCACCAGGGGGCAGCAGCUGGACAAGCUCGUUGCAGCUAUUGCGGCGCAGCGACGGCGCGUGCAGCGCGUGCAGCGCGAGGUACAGCGCGCAUGCACCCGUCAUCGGUCGACCCUCGCCUACGACCAUGCAGCGGCGGUUGCCGCGGCAACGAUGAUGCAACAUGCCUGCUGCCAGAGCGUGGUCGCGCAGCCGCAGCCAAACGUGACCGCGCUGACCUCGUGCGACCUCUGCGCGCUGCCGCUUCGGCGCGGCGGCGACGACCUUGACCUCUGCGGCGCGACCUCGGUGGCGCUCGCGUCGUCGCGGCGACGUGCGGCGAUGUCCGCUCACCCGGCCGGCUGCUCGGAGCUGCGUCCGUCGUACGGCAGCACGCACGUCCUCGUCCUCUGCUGCUCGUCCUUGGGUCGUUGCCACGGCAACGCCGCAUCCACGUAUGACUUGUUCCUGCGGGAGGACUACAGGAUUCUGAAGGCAGAUAGCCUGAAUAGGACUUGUUCGCGACAAACAUUUGCGAAGAAAGAAGGGCUGAGACUGGCGUCGGCUGUGCAUGUCCACGAGCCGCACGUGCAGAUAGAAGGACUGCGGUGUCGUACUAACAAGACUCUAAGGUUUCUCGCGAUGGACAGUGUCCGAUACGGGAUGUUUGCGUCGAAGCUUGGAGCGCAGCUAAGCUCAGAGAAGACAGCAGCAGUGAUAGUAGAUAAACAGAAUGAAGUACAAUAUAUACUCAACUCAAACAUGCCAACAACCACAGCAAACUUAGCUGCAUUUAUAGCAAAUUUCACAGAGGGCCACCUUACCCGCCAUCUGCGCUCUACAACAGUGCCAUCUAGCAGCGACAGAAGUAAUAAAUUUCCUGAAUAUUUGAGGAUUCAGGAGGUGACCAGUGAUACAUUCCAUGAUGUGGUUCUCAAUGAUGAGGUGGAUGUUCUUCUGCUUUACUAUGCACCCUGGUGUGGUGCCUGCUCAGGAUUUGCUCACGUCUAUCUCUCACUUGCACAUUACUUCCGCAGGGCGGAGAAUCUAGUGCUAGCAAGGAUAAACGCUGAUAUGAAUGACCUUCCGUGGCAAUACACCGUAGAGCAAUACCCAACUCUCAUAUUCUUUCCUGCAAAAAG